GUCACAGACGUGAUCCAGGGUUGAAACGCUUGACCAUCGACGCACCGUGGAGUAGGAGAACAACACCAUGCCCGCAGUACCAGCAGGGAACUACUACCAGCAGGGUCAAGGUCCCAGCUGUUGGGAUCGUGUCAAGCUUGGAUUUAUGAUGGGUUUCUCAGUCGGCAUGGCAACAGGGGCCCUGUUUGGUGGUUUCACAGCUCUUAGAUAUGGUCUACGCGGCAGGGAGUUAAUGAAUAAUGUAGGGAAGGUUAUGUUACAAUCAGGUGGAACUUUUGGUACUUUUAUGUCCAUUGGAGCUGGAAUCAGAUGUUAGCAAACCUGUCCUAGAUUUUUCAUGUGUUCUUCAUUUAACCUGAUGUAGCUAUGGUGUUUUCCUGUGACCUAGGUGGAGUAUUGAAUAAGCUCUCCUUGCAGAGUGUGGGACUGCUUCAUGUAGCAAAUGAUUAAAAUUUACUUUCAUAUUUACCCAUCAUUAUCAUUGUUCCAAGAACAAAUCUUAUUUUUUUGUUUUUAUUUACAGAAAUUACUUUCAUUAUCCCUGUUAAACAUUUAUUUGGACAGCUCUUUUAUUUUUGUAAGAGGGAAAAUACAGGUCAAAACCUCUAACAGGGGCCUCAUUAUGUAGGGAUAUUACUU